AUGUCUAACGGGACAACUGACAUUUUUACGGCUGCUAAAUUGGGAAAUAUCGAAGGCUUGGACCCUGCUUCAAUUAAUUGUAAAAAUAGUAAGGGCAUGACCGCUCUAAUGUUAGCUGCUGAAGCCAACAAUUUGGAGGCAAUAACAUUGCUACUAAAAGCGGGUGCUGACCCAAAUGUACAAACAUCUAUGCCUUGUACCUGUCGUGGACAACAUCGCAGAAUUGUCACAGCACUAACCUUAGCUAUGUACAAAUACAGCUUAGGAUGUGUAAUAGCACUGGUCAAGGCUGGAUGUUUCUUUAAUUGUGAUCGAGGAUUGGAUGCUUUAAAGGAGCUGAAGUAUGGCUAUUUGAAUACAGUUGCCGAAGGAGAGAAGGUUAUGAAAAAAUAUCUUAAAGAUGACUCAAAUCAAUCGGGGACCGCCUUUUAUGUGGCUUUUAUUAAUAGAUGUUUUGAUUUGCUAGCAGAUUUAAUAAACGCGGGGGUUUCAUUCAAUUUAAAAUCAUUAACUCGUGAGAAAUUAUCAGAAAAAGUAGCUCUGAUAAACAAGCUUCAUUUUUCACAACUAUGGAUUCGUAGAGGAGUGGUAAGAAAUUUAGAGUCACUACUUACACAAGCCGUACAAUUGCAAGACAUAUCGAUUAUAAGAAUUCUAAUUGAAAAAUACUCUAAUUUUAAUAUUGAGAAUUUCUCCAAAAAUAAAGCUCUUCAAGUUGCUUGCAGUGGUGAUAGAGUUGAGCUAAUAAAUGUGUUGUUGGUUGGGGCUAAAAUGCAAGAGUUUAGUUGUUCUUACAUUGAAAUCGUUAAAUUGCUUGUAUCAUCCGGCGCGGAUGUAAACUUGGUUGACGAAGACGGCAGUAGUUUACUUAUAAAAGCUGUUCAGUCAAAACAAAUGGAAAUUGUCAAAUUUCUUUUAGAAAAAUCUGUAAAUAUCGACCAAGCAGAUGAUUCUCAGAGUACAGCUCUUCAUUAUGCCUGCAGGUCAAAUAGUCUGGAAAUAGUAAAAUUACUUGUGAACGCUGGAGCUAAAAUUGAGGUUUUUAAUAAUGAAAGUUAUACACCUUUCUCUGAGGCAUGUAAGACUUCAAAUAGAGAAAUGAUGGAGCUUCUUAUCAAGGCAAGCUCGGAUAUAAAUUGUGUAGAUACUUAUCAACGAACACCUCUCAUAAACUCCAUUAUGGAAAGUAAGUUUGCUCUCACACAAUUUUUGCUAGAACACGGAGCUGAUAUUUCAAAUGUUGACAUAGACGGAAUGACAGCCUUGAUGUGGGCAGCUAAAACAAAUAACGAAAAAGUCUUUGAUCGUUUGCUUAACUUAAAGCCUGAGGUCAACUUUUUUGACCGAAAUCAGACGACAGCAUUAGCUUAUGCGGUGAUGAGGCUUAAUGUACAGAUGGUAGCCAAGUUGAUACAAGCUGGAGCUGAUGUUAACAUCGCCUCGAACUGUCAAGGAGAAUUGUAUGCAAUAGGUAAAAAUAAGUUCUUAAGCAAAAUACAAAGCGUUGUAGAAAAAUGUUCAAGAAGUAAAAACUCACCACUACAUUUAGCUGGGACUUCGAGAGACGGCAGCAACGAAAUAGUGAACUUACUGUUAAAAGCUGGAGCUAAUACUCAAGCUGUUGAUGAACAUGGUAGAACACCUUUACAUAUCGCAGCUACUGCGUGUAAUUUGAAGAUCUUGCAAUCUUUGUGCCAAUUUGGUGCAAAUAUAAAUGCUGUAGACAAUUAUGGAAACUCCCCAUUAUUUAUUGCUUUGCUGUUCGAAAAAAAAGAUGCAUCUAAAUAUCUGCUUGAAUGUGGAGCUGAUGUAAACUUGAUAUGUGAUUCUCUAUGCUCGCCUUUAUUUGUUGCUGUUUUAAAUAACGACACGGAGCUUGUAAACUUGUUGAUUCAAUAUGGCGCGAAUUUGGAUAUGGGCGAAUAUUCUGAAAUAUUAGUUGCUCUUGAAAAUAGAAGCGUUGAAAUGACUAUUGCUUUAUUAGAACAUGGAGCUAAUGCUAAUAUGCGAGAUACUAAAAAGGAACCAGCCUUAACGAUAGCCAUAAAACUUGCACUGUAUUUUGAUGAUUAUAUUUUCGCUACACCCGUGGGAGCUGAAAUUGACUUUAAUAUAAAAAAAAUCUGGAUAGAUAACUUAAAACUUGUAGCUGAAUCAUUUUUAAACAAUGGCGCCAAUAUUUCAGCCAUGGAUGAUGAAGGUAACACUUGUCUACACGCAGCGGCUGAGUUGGGCGACGUGAAUGUCUUGGAGUUGUUUGUAGCCCACAAAGCUGACGUCAAUGUCCAGAACGUAAAAGGCGAGACGCCGUUAAUGAUGGCGUGUUGUCGUGUUAAUGUUAAGGCUGUCAGGUACCUUCUCUCUGUUGAAGCCGAUGUGACGUUGGUGGAUGUAAACAAGGAUACAGCCUUGCACCACACGACUCUUAAAGCAAAAGAAAUGUCGCGCUAUCAGAAUGUGAUUUUAGAAAUGCUACCAUGUACUAUUACACAUUUAAUAGAAAACAAUGCAAACAUCAACGCCCGUAAUGGACAAGGUAACACAGCCUUACAUUUGACUUUUGAUGAUAGAACUGACCUAAAAAUACAAAAUAAUUUAGGUGAAACAGCUUUACACCACGCCUUUAAUGACGAUGUAGCACGAGCAUUAUUAGAAAUGGGAGCAGAUAUGGAGGCUUGUUCACAAAAUGGACGGACAGCACUAAUAUGUGCCACAGUUGCGGGUGAAUUUCGAUUGGCUGAAUUUUUAUUAGCACGCGGUGCUAAUGUAAACGCGCAAGAUAAUAAUGGAAAAAAUGCUUUGAUGCUUGCCAUUGAGAAUUAUGCCGUCAAAAGAAUGAGAUUUAGAAAAUAUAACACUGAUUUUUUAAAUAUACUUUUAGAACAUGGAGCAGUUGUGAAUGCAAGUGACGCCACAGGCCAGACCGCUUGUAUGAUAGCCGUAAACAAACAUGCCGCCGACAAUUUUUUGGAAGUUUUACCCAAACUUGUAGCAUAUGGGGCUGAUUUAAAUAAGGUGGACAAUAAAAAUAGAUCUGUUCUAGUUCACAUUUUGUUAAACUUUGAUACAAACAAAUGGAAUUGUAUUUUAGAAAUACUAAAACUAGGCGCAGAUUUAGUAGUUGAUAAUGAGUACGGGUAUUUAGUCAAAAAAAUUAGUAAAAAAAUUGAAAAACAUAAAGAAUACGGGAGAACAACCAGUGAAGUGUCUCGACGAUUGUUUCAGUUUUGUCUUGUGAAUGGAUGCAUUUUAUUGAAGGCUUUUAACCUCUGGGGAAUAGAUAAAGCCCUACAACUUCCUCACUUUAUGUCUUUUAACAGUUUAGUAUUUGUCAAAUACCUUUUCGCCACAGGAAUGAUAUUCAAGUCUGACUUUCAAAUGUUGCGAAAGUUUAAAGAAAACGAUUCAGUUAACUCAACAACCCUAAAUAUUCCACCUGAAUUACAAUUAGCAAUCCAACAACCCUGGCCACUGGUCAAACUAGCUUUUAUUGAAGUCUCCACCUUACUUGGGACUGGACCUAUGAGAGAAGAAAAACUAAAACAGACCAAACUCCCACCAAGAUUGCAGCGAACAUUGAUGUUUCAAGAACCUAUAUCAAGAUUACCUGUAGAAGACUGGUCUAAAAUACCUCUUUGUUUUGACCCAGUACAGUACGAGACUUUACCAUGUCCUAGACCAUUACUCUACUACUGGCCUGUUGGUCACAAACUGGUUAAUUAA